CGGAGAUAAUAUGUACAAGUGUCCGAAAUGUCCAAAAAAGUAUACUCACAAAACUAGUUUGCAUAGACACAAGAAAUACGAGUGCAAUUCUAAGAGACAGUUCCCAUGUCCGCAGUGUGAUAAAAGUUUCAACCAGAGAGGAACUCUGUAUAAACAUCAGGUUUCCAUUCACCAAACAUUUCCUACCAAGCUAGGGAGGAAAUUUCCAAAAAAGAAGGUUUACGAAGAGAAUAUUAUAAUAGUUGGAGAUAAGUACUCGUGCAAACGUUGCUCAAGAACUUACUCCCAUCCGACCAGUAUGCGCAAACACAUCAAGGAGUACUGCCCGUACUUGAAGGAGUUCAAGUGUUCGGAUUGUGACGCGAUUUUUUCCAGCAGGGCUUCCUUGAUGGACCACCGCGUCAACGUUCACUAUGUUAAACAGGAUGAACAACAGAACAAGAAUGUGAAGGAAUCGAAUGAGGAUUAUGAGAAUGAAAUAAAAAUAGAAGAAGAAGAAGUGCUACAUUGAAGCUUGUGUAGAGGGUGUUUCAAAACAAACGCCAAAAAACCUAAUGUCUAGACGAUUUUGAUCUUAUUAGCAUUAAAGUGUGUUUUCAUUAUUA